CAUGGAAAGUAGCCCCACCUUGCACUAGUUUCAACCUAGUUGUACGAGUCUUCCCCUUCCAAUUUCCAAGUCAACUAGCGUGUUAAACACAGAAUGAACUUAAUAUAUUGUGAAGCAAGAAUGGAAGUAAACAAUUCAGCAGUCUUGUUCUGAACUUGAGAAGUAGAUCCUUUUUCUUUUUCUUUUUCCGUGGUGCUUUAGUUCUGGCUCUUCUGUUCAGCUGGGAAUUUCUCGAUGGCUCCCGUGGCUUUGUUUAUUUUCUCUCUCCUCACUCAUCUCGUGGUUCUUCACUCUGCCGAAGCAAGGGAACUCUACAAUCCCUGUGCUCCCUACCACUGUAAUGAUCAACUAGGCGAUGUCAAGUUCCCCUUCAAAAAUAUGACGCAGCCUCCUGAAUGCGGGUUGUUCACAGUUGAUUGUUCUGAUCACGAACAUCCGAAGAUCCAAGAGGAAGGAUACUGGCAUGAAUUGGAGAGAAUCUCUCCAGCAAAUACGAAUUUUAUCAAUGACAGUGAGCUCCAGCAGCGCUUGGAACACAGUUUCUGCGAUGAUCAAAUUUUCGACAAUUUGAGUCUUCCCGGCCCUUCUCCAGUCUAUGAAUUAUUCGCACACAAUCUGACCCUCGUCAAAUGCAACAACGCCACACCAACCCUCUCCUUUACAGAUUUUAACAACGCCUGUACAAAGGCUGCUACUUACUAUACUACUCUGUCUGAUCAUAGUUUACGAAGUUCCCUACCCCCACCCCGACCAUCGUGUACCAUCAUUUUUAUGCCCGCGGAUCCAUCUAAACCUCCCUUCAGUCUCUCUGCAUUGACUGCUAGAUUUUCCCUUCAACUGCCAUUAAGAAAAGAAUGUAAACGUUGUCAUGAUAGAAAAGGCGAAUGCCGCCUUGAUGACCAUGGAGAAUUUCAAUGUUUUGGAGAAAAAGGAGUUAAAUUGGGAUUGAAGCUAGGACUAGCAGCAGGUGCAGUUGCUGGUCUCAUGGUUCUAGUUGUUAUUGUUUGCUGCUUAAAGAGAAAGUUAGCAUAUGAUAGCUUUAUUUUCUUCUGGAAGAAUCAAGGCCAAGAUCGUCAAAUUGUUGAGGCCUUUCUAAGGAGCUAUGGGCCACUUCAAGUUAGAAGAUAUAGCUAUUUGGAGGUCAAGAAAAUGACCAAUUCCUUCAAAGAAAAAUUAGGAAAAGGGGGCUACGGUAGUGUAUACAAGGGAAAAUCAAAUGACGGCAGUCUUGUAGCGGUGAAGGUCUUGAGCAAAUUAAAAGGUAAUGGAGAAGAAUUUAUGAAUGAGGUGGCAGCCAUUAGUCGCACUUCCCAUGUCAACAUAGUAAGCUUGUUGGGGUUUUGUUUUGAGGGUUCAGAAAAAGCUCUCAUCUAUGAAUUCAUGCCUAACGGCUCACUUGAGAAGUUCAUAUUUGAUGCAAAUUCCCCCAACAGAGAUCAUGAUCAUCACUUGGGAUGGGAGCAAUUGGAUCAAAUUUCACUCGGCAUUGCUCGAGGAUUGGAGUAUUUACAUCGGGGUUGCAAUGCAAGAAUUCUGCAUUUUGACAUCAAGCCUCAUAACAUUCUUCUUGAUGAAAAUUUCACACCAAAAGUCUCUGAUUUUGGCCUUGCUAAGAUAUGCAACAUGAAAGAGAGCAUUGUGUCAAUGGCGUGUGCAAGAGGCACUGCUGGCUACAUUGCUCCAGAAGUAUUCUGUAGGAAUUUUGGAGCGGUCUCGCACAAGUCAGAUGUAUAUAGCUACGGGAUGAUGCUUUCGGAGAUGGUUGGAGGAAGAAGGAACAUCAAUGCCGAAGCUGAAGAUACAAGUGAAAUAUAUUUUCCACACUGGAUUUACAAGCGUAUUGAACUUGAUGAAGAACUUGGUCUGCCGAGCAUAAUGAAUGAGGAAGACAAAGUAAGAGCAAGGAAGAUGAUAAUAGUGAGCUUGUGGUGCAUACAAACAGACCCUUCAAACAGGCCAGCGAUGAAAGAAGUGAUAGAUAUGUUGGAAGGCAGCGUUGAUUGCUUGCAGAUACCACCCAAGCCUUACUUGUCUUCUCCACCAAAGUCCGCCGUAGGUUCUUCUACUGCUACAUUGGUCUCAACACAAUAGAACGUACCCUGCAUUUUACUUGAACACAUUUAUGUUUCUGAAUAAUGGAACGAGUUUGCAGAGAA